CUGCUCAGACCAGAGACCUUGUUCCUCCUAUGCAUAAGCCUGGCUCUGUGGAGUUACUUCUUCCACACUGACGAGGUGAAAACCAUCGUUAAGUCCAGCCGGGAUGCUGUCAAAAUGGUCAAGGGGAAAGUGGCGGAGAUUAUGCAGAAUGACAAAUUCGGUGGUCUCGACGUUCUGGACGCAGAGUUCUCCAAAACCUGGGAGUUCAAGAGCAACAAUGUGGCGGUGUACUCCAUCCAAGGCCGGAGAGAUCACAUGGAAGACCGCUUCGAGGUCGUCACUGACAUCGUGAACAAGAGUCACCCUUCUAUAUUUGGGAUAUUUGAUGGACAUGGGGGAGAGACCUCCCUUCUGCUCUCCAUCACUGGACACAGCAAAUAACACAGCCCAGAUAAGUCACACACACACACUCUGUCUGUCCAAACCGUGACUGCUGCCCCUUCAUCUGUUUCCCCACCACCCCACUUUCUCCUUUCAGGCGUCUGAUCAUAUCUGGGUAAUUGUAGACACGUUGACAUCCCAGUAGGUCUAAAGUAGUGUACUACAUGCGGUGUUGAUCAGUGUGCAGGCAGUGGGAGUAGGACAGGUCAGAGGGUGCAGUGGGAGUAGGACAAGUAAGAGUAGAUCAGGGAUCAGAGGCUGAGCUCUUAACAGGUGUCUGAUCAUCCACUCUGUUACUUAACAGGAUAACUAAGACAUAUCCCUGUGUUGUUUCUUUGUUUGUUUGCUUAUCCAAGCUUUAAUGGCUGUGUUCACUCACUCAUAUACACACACACUCACAGCUGCUCUUGGGAUGUCUGAAAGGAUGAAUUGCCAUUGUCAACCCAGACAGGCCUCGUAAGUCACAAUAACAAUGUUCCAAAGCAGCUAUUCAUGUGGUCAUUACUGUCCCAUGUAGUUCCUCCAGAAAGACUUAUCUUUCUCUCUGACCUAUGUUUAUGAUCCCUGUGGUCGCUAUGGUAAUCACAGGAGGGAAGGAAUGUCUGAGACUGCGUCAGAUACGUCCCCAUGCAGCUCCGAGAAAGGCCAGAGAAAGAGGCCUAGACGGCUAUUCUACCCGUAAGCCUCUGCACCAAAGAGAACACAGAGGACUGAGGGGUUGUGGGAACAGCAGACAGAGGGGAAGGGGUCAGACACUGAGAGCAAGGGACAUUCAGAGGGAGGGAGAGAGUCAGAGAGAGAGAUUGUGAGGGAGAGUCGGAGAGAGAUAUUGUGAGGGAGAGUCAGAGAGAAAGUGAAGCGAGUUGAAAUGUUUGGCAGAGGUUUCAGAAUGAUGAGGCUCAGGCACUUUCUGUGGCCCUUGACCUCGUAUACAGACGCUGAAACAAGGCUAGUGGAUGGAAACAUGGCGAGGCAAUAUAACAGGCCAAAAAACCCUCAUUAGCUUACACUGCCAUCUUUCUCUUUUGGCUCGGCUUGAAUUUCUCUCGCUCUCUGGCCAUGUUUCAGGAAAGGAGUUGAGAAACGAGCCAAUCUUUUUGCCGGGAAGCGUUGCAUAUUUGCCCGUAAAAGGGUGUGCAGUGCCGUUAUCAUCUGGCUGAAAUGGAUAGGGGAGGAUUGAGUUUCUCUUGCUCAGCUGUAUUCCACAGCGGAGGGAGGGGAAGCGAGUUUGGCUAGUGGGGUAGUUUCUCCCCCUCAUCUCUGGCUUUUUAUCUCCUGCUUUAUCUGGGUUUCAGCAAGGAACGAAGGACAGCCAGGUCACCGCUACUGUAGCCUCGGUCUUCUCCCCCAAGUGUGUGUGUGUGCUCGCAUGCACUGUAGUCACACAAAAAGUUUGAUGCUGCGAGGCAGAGCUGUGAACAUCACUUGGCUUACAGUUUACACCAUACUUAACUCUGACUUCAGUAUAGCCAGCUCACUGUAGCCCUCUCUCCCCUCCCUCUUCCUCCCAGGCGGCGGCUGACUUCGCCAAGGCCCAUCUGUCUGAGGCGUUGCGUCAGCAGCUCCUGAGCUACGACCGAGAGAAGGAGAAAGAGAAGGAUGAAAAGGAGCACAGCGAUGGUCUGUCCUAUCCCUCCAUUCUGGAGCAGCAGAUCCUGGCUCUGGACAGGGACAUGUUGGACAAGCUGUCAGCCGUCUACAACGAAGCAGGUACCACAUGUCUGGUGGCCCUGCUGUCUGAUAAAGAGUUGACGGUGGCGAACGUUGGCGACUCGCGCGGAGUCCUCUGUGACAAAGACGGCAACGCCAUCGCCCUGUCACAUGAUCACAAGCCCUACCAGCUCAAAGAACGCAAGAGGAUCAAGAAAGCUGGUGGCUUCAUCAGUUUCAACGGUUCGUGGCGUGUUCAGGGCAUCCUGGCCAUGUCUCGCUCGCUGGGCGACUACCCUCUGAAGAACCUGAAUGUGGUCAUCCCUGACCCUGACAUCAUGACCUUUGACCUAGAUAAGCUGCAGCCAGAGUUUAUGAUCCUGGCAUCAGACGGGCUGUGGGAUGCGUUCAGCAACGAGGAGGCCAUACGCUUCAUCAAAGAGCGCCUCGACGAACCCCACUUUGGCGCCAAGAGCAUCGUCCUGCAGUCUUUCUACCGUGGGUGCCCAGACAACAUAACUGUCAUGGUGGUCAAGUUUAAAGGUGCCGGUGGCAAGGCCACAGAGCAGUAGACCUACUGAUGCAUCCAAACGAGAGAUCUAUAUUAUAUAUGUACUGUAUGUAUAUGCACAGGUUUAAGAGAAAAGACAAAACAAGCCCGCAGUUUUUGGAGCGAUAACUGUUUGUAUCGAAGAUAUUUACAGAAAUUAGCCGUUCAUCACCAUAAUGCAAACACUAAAACGUACACUUACAAAUUCACUCACUCCGACAGUCACUUUUUUUUUUCUUCAAUCUACAUAACGUGUCAUUUACGUUUUUAGUUUUUUUAAGCAGUCAUAUCCUCCAGGCCCUAUACUGAGUCACUGUUUUGCAUAAGAGGUACACCGAGAUAUUGACAUCAUUUGAAGUCGAAGCAGUAAUUUGUACAUCUCCGAAAUAACCUUUAUCAGCAGAUGUCUCAUCUGAUUGGUGCUUACAUACAUCAGAGCACCUGUAACUGGGCACCUGUUUGGUUAGCUGGAGGGGCUAAAUAGUUUGUAUGUUUUAAAGAGAGCUGAGACUAGACAAACUUAACUGUUCUCUUCUGUUUUGUCUGGCAUGGCCUAUUUUUGGGGAGGGCCAAUUAAACAGACAAUGUGACUGAUUGGAUUUAAAUGGCAUUGGAGAUACGUACAUGCUCUGCAGUCCAGUGCAUGCGUGAGUGCAUCAUAUCAAAUGAGUCUUAUAGAAAUCACAUUCAGUUUGAUGAUUCACUGUCCCCCCUUGAUUUCUAAUGUUCUGUCGUUCUAAACAUUCCAUCUUGUUUGUCGGCUCCAUAGACCUUAAAACCUGUCAGCUCCCGAUCUCCAUGUUGAUUUUUGACCUGCAGUUGAGUGUACCCCCCCCCCCCCCCCCCCCAAAUGGCUGCACUGAAAAUUGCAAUUGUAUUUUGAAGUUCUGAAGUUCAUUGGUACUAAAUAUAAUAUUCCUUUCCUCAUUCAUGCAAACUACUAAUGAUAUCAUUUAUGCCUGUCUGUCAACAACAAUCUGUGUAUAACCCUCUGCCCAGAAUGCAUUUCUAUAACUCUAAUCCCAGAGUUAACCCUGAUCUAGGAAUGAGUGGCACUUUGACAAAAGUUGCACAAAUGUUUGCGCCGUGCUGUUAUUGUGAUAGUCUUUUUGAAUUAAGUAUACAAAUACAUUUUCACAGGCGCGAUGGCAUUGUACUGUUUAAAUAGUCUAUACGUCUUUUAUUCUUAUCAUUGGCAGCCGAUUGUCUUUCUGAAGUUGGGUUUAGUUCUAUGGUCUCAUGCUCCCUCUACAUCAGGGUUCUCUGGGGUGGGAGAGUACACAAUAAAAAGACCCUGUCAUAUUGUACAGUUAACUUAAGUUUUUCUGUCAACUGACGGACUCAACGUAAUAUGAAGCCUUUGAAUGAAAUAUGUACUUGUUGCCUUAUUUUUUAAAAUAUACAUUUCCUCAUUUGUUGCCAAAACAAACUCCUUGGUUUCUAAUUUAACGUUUUACAUGCCAUUCACAUAUCAUAUGUCACGUAUAUAAUACCCUCACAGAUGUCUCCAUGAGACAAGGAAGUGUAACAUGAAUGUACAUGCUGUUCCCAUGUUAUCCUCCCCCUCCACGUCUGCAAUUAAGAAAGCAAUGCACCAACUCUUUGGUAGAUUAACAAAAGCAGUAUGUACUAGACUAGUAUGUUUUUAUGUGCUUUUUCAGUUGUACAUUCUUCCAAAAUAAUGUAUGUUACAGAAUGUUUGUGGACUUUGUUUUUGUUGAAUUUAAGAAACUGUAAAAAAAUAAAUGUGAAUUUUAAGAAAAUCAAACGGAUGAUAACAAUAAAAGGAUUAAUGAUCAUAACAU